UGAGUUUUAAUUUUUUUUAUUCUAUUUUAUUGGAAUACAAGGAUGAGAGAUUUAUAUCAGGUUGAACUCUAAGUCGUCAUGGCCCAAGAAGAAAAGCCUCAGUGGUCGGAGGUCCUGAAGAGGAGGUUAGCAAACUCCCAAACCGACGAGAGAAGCGAGGAGGAAAAGAAAGCAGAAGAAACCGAGCUGUUCACUAAAUAUUACACCGACUGGAGGGAAGGACGCGAUAGCGACAAGUCCUACAAGACCAUCCCUCGUUUCUACUACCGGCUUCCAGCAGAGGACGAGGUUCUCCUUCAGAAACUGAGGGAGGAGUCCAGAGCCGUCUUCCUCCAGAGGAAGAGCAGAGAACUUCUGGAUAAUGAGGAACUUCAGAAUCUCUGGUUUCUGCUGGAUAAACAUCAGGUGCCUCCAUUAAGUGGAGAGGAGGCUAUGAUCAACUAUGAGGCCUACCUCCAGGUUGGGGAGAAGGCCGGGCCCAAAUGCGGUAAAUUCUUUACAGCCAGAGUUUAUGCAAAGCUGCUUUACAACGACCCUUACGGCCGGAUUUCCAUCAUGCAGUUCUUCAACUACGUCAUGAGGAAAGUGUGGCUCCACCAGACCCGGAUCGGCCUGAGUCUGUACGACGUGGCCGGACAGGGCUACCUCCGGGAGUCGGACCUUGAGAACUACAUCCUGGAGUUGAUCCCCACUCUGCCCCAGCUGGACGGACUGGAGAAAUCCUUCUACUCUUUCUACGUCUGCACGGCCGUUCGCAAGUUCUUCUUCUUCCUCGACCCGCUCCGGACCGGAAAGAUUAAAAUCCAAGAUAUUCUGGCCUGCAGUUUCCUGGACGACUUGUUGGAGCUGAGAGACGAGGAACUUUCCAAAGAGAGUCAGGAGUCCAACUGGUUCUCGGCCCCGUCGGCUCUUCGGGUCUACGGCCAGUACCUGAACCUGGACAAGGACCACAACGGGAUGCUGAGCAAAGAGGAGCUUUCCCGCUACGGCACGGCCACCCUCACCGCCGCCUUCCUGGACCGGGUGUUUCAGGAGUGUCUCACCUACGACGGGGAGAUGGACUAUAAGACCUACCUGGACUUUGUGCUGGCCCUGGAAAACCGGAAGGAGCCGGCCGCUUUGCAGUAUAUUUUCAAGCUUUUGGACAUGGAGAAUCAAGGAUACCUCAACGUCUUCUCUCUCAACUUCUUCUUCAGGGCCAUCCAGGAGCAGAUGAAGCUGCACGGUCAGGAGCCCGUCUCCUUCCAGGACGUAAAGGACGAGAUCUUUGACAUGGUGAAGCCCCGGGACCCGUACAGGAUCACGCUGCAGGACCUGGUCUGCAGUUGCCAGGGCGACACGGUGGUCAGCAUCCUCAUCGACCUCAACGGGUUCUGGACCUACGAGAACCGGGAGGUUCUGGUCGCCAACGACAACGAUGGAGGCAGCUCAACCGACCACGAUGACCCCUGAGAGGAGGGGGGGGGGAAUUAGGCUCCGCCCCCAACCAGGUGAGGCCUGGUAGUAGUCCGCUACUCUGAUCUGUGUAAAUACAGUUUCUUGUUCCUUUCAUUUUUUGUAAAGAAGCCUUUUUUUCGUACAUGAAAUGUUCUUCUAACACCCAAAGUUUGUUAUAAAAGUUCAUCAAAAAAUUAUAAAGGAACUCAAAUGUGGUUGUAAUGUUCUUCUAUAGUCAAAAAAGUUUGUUUAAUGACCAUUCAGCCAUCACUCCGAGUAUUCAAAAUUUAUUAAUGGAGAAAAUAUAAAUACAUAUACAAAGAUUAAGUUUCAAGUUGAAAUAAUUAAAGUUGUUGCAUAUUUACUCAUUCGUAAAGAGAAAUGUGCCCUUCAUUCCUGACAGUUUGAGGAUAUUUACCCACAUUAAUUCACCACCUGAACCAGGUUUAGCUUCAGGUCUGAGGUCCGUUUGCACAACACAACACACAGCAUACGAGGGGAUCAGAAUUAUUAAUAAGAAGCUUACAGCGGCUCAAACAAGGACGCUUAAAGAACGAGCUUCUCAACGAUGAUCAUGACCUCGUUUGGCCACUAAAUAAAAACUGAAAGCAUCUCUCCAGUAGAUAUUCUGUUAGUGUUUCUGUCUAUAGGUCUGGGCUAUAUCAGGCUGGAAACUACAGUGUUUUGCUCUGCAGAACCAGAACCAGAACUAGA